AUGCCUAUCACCGUUACGAUCCUCUACCCCAACGUGGAUAAUCUCCAACUGGACAUCCAAAAGUACCUGGAUAGCCACAUGCCGAAAGUAGUGGAACUGAUGGGGCCAUAUGGCUUAAAAGCGAUCCGUGCCGUUAGCCUCCAACCGCCUCGAUCGCAGGACAUGGGCCGCGGGUAUGCGCUCCAGGUACAGCUGGACUGGGAUUCACUUGCGCAAUUCCAGCAUGGUUAUGAGAUGACUAGUGAAGUCCUGAUGGCGGAUAUUGACUCAUUCAGUAAUACAAAGCCGUUGAUUAUGACAGGAGAUGUUAUUUUGGAGCGACAGGUUCAGGCAGUGAGAUUGGAUUGA